AGGCUAUAGACGUGUCUUCUGGCAGGGCUCAACUGACCACCGCGGGACGCCUAAACGGCCGGGCCGAACCGUAACGCUUACAGCCGACAACGAUCCCUGCGCCAUCACAUGGGGCGUAGCCUACCAGCUUGCAGGCUCGCCAGAAGAACAGGCGACAACCCUGUCGUACUUGGAAUGGCGGGAAAAGGAGUACGACGUACGGCAAUACGUCGACAUUUGCCGUGCAGAUGGCAGCGUUGCCAUACGCGGCGCGUUGGUCUACAUCGCGAGUCCUUCAAACCGAAACUACUUGGGUCCGGCGGAUCUCGGCGACAUUGCCGUACAGAUCGCUACUUCAAAGGGCCCUUCCGGACCCAACUACGAGUACUUGUUCAAACUGGCGGACGCAAUGCGGACCAUGCGAAUACCGCUGGACGCAGACCUGCAUAGCUUGGAGGAGGCUGUACGGCAAGAGCUAUCAACACGCCGUACAACGGCCUCGGUUGCCGGGACCGGCUGCGAUCUGGCCUCACCUGCCCUAGCGGCAGCGGCAACGUCGGCAGGCCGGGCAUUGCUUCGUGAAGAUGGCGAGCAAGUUGAGGACGAUGAUGACGAGGAGGAGCAGGAAGAGGAGGAAGAGGUGGUGGAGUUGGAUCACCAUGUGGACUACCGCAGGAGGCACCAGCAGGGGCUGCGGAUGAUGCAGGCAGGGCACGUGAGCCAGCAACAGGCUCAACCCCAGCAGCACCAGCAGGAGCAGCGGCAGCUGGAGCAAGCCAAGCAGCAGGGCGAGGAACGGCAGCAGCAACAUGGGCAGCAGCAGCAGCAGCAAGGGGCGGUAGUGUGCGGUGGAGACUCUGUUG